AACAGUCUGUCUGUUGUUGCUCCCCAUUGACACCACAAAUCUAUCUUCGGAGAUUAGGUAUGUUCCUUGCAUUGACUCAACUCAGCAUUCGACAUGUCGCCUCAAUUCAACCUUCCUUCCUACCCACUGCCCUGCAUCCCAUGAUUAAGGCUAACGUGGCUUUCCCCCGUUCUCCGGACAGGUAACUUACCCAUCUCCGCUAUCUACUUCCCUCCCUCCUACAGCGCAGCGCUGUGCCUCUUCCUGCUGUGCAUCGCCACAAAGCAACCUCAAAACAAUUUCGAUUGAACCUCACACCUUGAUAUCUACAAGUCUCACCCGACCAGUCGAUCGCAAAGAAAAACAACCAUCACAAUGAUCACCGACGACGAGCUCCACCGCCUGGCCGUCUUCCUCGGCAGCUGCGCCAUGAUGAUGAUUGUCCUCUACCACUUCCUCGAAGUCAACGCCAAGGACGACGGCGCCGAACUCGACGCGCCUGCUGACCAAAAGGUGCCCGGGAUCUCGCAGGAGACGGCGGCGGCGGCAGCGGCCGUGGGAUCGUCGUCGUAAGGUGUCACGGGGGCAAAACGCAAGACUGGCAAGGGAGGAUGUAUACCCACAACCUGAACGUUCUGUUUACUUUUUUUGUUGUUGCUUUCUGUCGCAUUUACUCUUGUGUUCUGUGUCUUGAGUCUAGUUUAAGCGAAUGACUACGGGGUGGAAGAG